GUUCCUCCCUGGAUGGAAAGGGUUCACUGUUGGUUCGCCAUUGGUUCUCCAAAGGACCAAUCACGGCUCUCCUCGGAGCCUCGAGGGAACGGAGAGGAGAUCGCCCCGUUAACUAGAGCGAGUAGUGACGCCCUUAAAGUUUGCACAGGUGACGUGGUUUCCGGCGGGCUGUAGCUGAUUUGCUUCUUCUUGGGCAGCGUGGGCGGGCCUUCCAAGGCCGACUUUGCUUGCGAUGAGUAAUCCAAAGGUAAAGAAGAAGAGUAUCUUGGAAGUCAAGUUUAUAGGAGAUGAAGAUGUUCUGAAGCACAUUUCUGAGGAUGCAGGUAUUAAGGUUCGGAAAAACAAAGUUCUGAACACACUGGAUAUAAAAAAAUUGGUGAAAAAAUCAGCGAACAGCUCAGAAGAUGAGGAUCCUGUUACUUUUGAAGAGCAGGGUUAUGUGUCUAACUUGGGGACGGACGUCCAAGGAUCUUUGGGAAAUGGCUGCAGUACAGGUGGUGGUGAUGUUUUCCCAUUUCAGACUCCAAAACGCACUAACAAGAUGGCAGAAAUAGCCUCGGAGCUAGCUCAUCAGCCUGAAAGAAAUGCAGUGCAGGGCAAAUUAAUGAAGCCUGAAAAUGAAGUACGAAGUAAAAGCAAAGGCCAGGAAGAAAAGAGUAGAAGGAAGGUGUGCAUAUCAAACACACCUUACAGACUCAGGAAGAGAAUUACAGGAUUGAACAUGUGCUCUGAUAGUGAAAGCGAUUAUUCUGCUUCAUGCUCCGAGGAAGAGGAGGAAGAGAGUUGUAGCAAAAGUGCUGAUUCAACUUUUCAUGAAGCAAUGCCAGCCAGACGGCAGACGACAUCUGCUCACCCCAGUAAAGAAACACCAGCUAAGAAACAGAAGCAAAAUAUUCCUAGCGAUUUAGUAGAAGAGUAUUUUGAAGCACACAGUAGUUCUAAAGUUUUAACCUCUGACCGAACACUUCAAAAGAUCGAAAAGAAAAAACUGGAUCAGGAAUCACUGCAAAACAUCUUAAAUAAACUACCUGUUGCUUUUGCUGCUGAACGUGAAGCGUUAACUAAACAAUACGACACAUUUUUUUGUAAAUGGAUGUUGCAAUUGCACUUGGGAUUCAAUAUUUUGCUCUAUGGACUAGGCUCAAAGAGAGAUCUGUUGGAGAAUUUUCGUAUUUCUCUUCUUCGGGACUCUGUUCACAUUGUUGUGAAUGGAUUUUUCCCCAACGUUAAUGUUAAAUCGAUUCUGAAUUCCAUCACAGAGGAGGUGCUGGAUGACAAGAGCACUUUUCGCAGUUCCCAGGAUCAGUUGGAUAUGGUCAUGAAAAGAUUUAAAGAAGAUCCUUCCUUGGAGCUUUAUUUGCUCAUUCAUAACCUGGACAGCCAGAUGCUGCGAGGAGAUAAAAGCCAACAGAUCCUAGGGCAGUUGUCAUCCCUUCCCAAUGUCUACCUCAUAGCCUCCAUUGAUCAUAUUAAUGCUCCACUCAUGUGGGAUCAGGCAAAACAAAGCAUGUAUAACUGGUUGUGGUACGAAACAACUACUUACAGCCCUUACAUAGAAGAAACAUCCUAUGAGAACUCUUUGUUGAUACAGCGGUCUGGGUCUUUGGCUCUGAGCUCCCUCACACAUGUUUUACAUAGUCUCACUCCUAAUGCAAGAGGGAUUUUCAGGCUUCUGGGAGAGUGUCAACUAGAAAAUAAGGAUAACCCUUCCUGGCCAGGCCUUUCCUUUCAAGAAUUGUAUCAACACUGCCGGGAGGCCUUUUUAGUAAAUAGUGACCUCAGUCUUAGAGCUCAGCUUACAGAAUUCAGGGAUCAUAAGCUUAUUCGGACCAAGAGGAAUGCCGAUGGAGUGGAGUAUUUAUUAAUUCCUGUGGAUAUGGGAACACUGGCUGAAUUUUUACAAAAAGAUACAGAAGUAUGAAGGCUUUCAACUGUUCAUUCGCAAUGGUUUUUCACAGAUGCUGAACUAUUCCCUGAAGGGUAGUCUGGUUUGAAAUCUAAGGAUUCUUCUGUACUUAUGAUAAUGGAGUAAAAGCUUGUGUAAGCAAAAUCAACUUGUAGAUCUGUGUAGAUCUCCUCAGGUUUCCUUGUUUGUAUCAUGCCUGUAGCCUGCAUUUGAAAAUACAUGUGGUUAGCUAUGAGCAGCUUGAUGUUUUUUUCCCCUUUAUGGGAAUGAACAAAUGUCUUCCAGUAUACCGUAUAUACAGAAUAUGCUAUUGAUUUUGUACACAUGUUGUGUGGAAAAAAUUAGGGGAGGGAACUGUGUGAACUUGAUCAAACCAAAAUAGGAAUGCCAGAGAUCUAGGAGAUUCUACAUCAAUGGUUCUCAAUCUGUGGGUCCCUGGGUUUUUGACCUACAACUCCCAGAAAUCCCAGCCAGUUUGCCAGCUGUUAGAAUUUUUGGGAGUUGAAGGCCAAAACAUCUGGGGACCCACAGGUUGAGAACCACUGUUUUAGAUAGUUUGUUAAUUGGGGACAGAGAGACUUUCCCCUAAAAUACAACCCAUUUUAAGAUUUAAAGGUUAGGUCGCAAAUGUCUCUAUCAUUAAACAGUAAAUCUGCUAUUUUUAAAACACCAAUGAUGAGUAGAGAAGUAAUAACACAAUACUUAAAGAUCUUUUGAAUCAAAGAAUGUGUAGUUGUUUUAUUGAGCUUUUUGUACUUUUAUAUUGUGUCACAUCCAUAACAAACAAAGUUUUACAUAUUUAAAUAAUUAUUUUUGGAAGAGGGGGAGCAAGAAGCUCGAAAACCUUAAAGCAAAAUUGCAUGUUAGUAGCGGGUACGGGUGACAUGCUUAGCUACUAAUCCAGCUAUAGUUUUAUGUAGCAGUUAAGUCCCAUUAACUUUAUUAGAACUUGUGCCUUAAGUGAGAAUAUAUAUAGGAUUAAAACCUAAAUUAGAUCUACCUCAUUCUGAUAUAAAAGUACAGUCAUUUCAAAAUUGUGAUUAGCCCAGUCAGUCUGAAGUUACAAAUGUACAGUGGGUUCGCUGUGUCUUCAGAGUGUGGCUCUUCAUAUUUAACCAACUAUUAAAAACACAGGAGACCUAAAAAUCAAGCAGCCUUACAGUUGGAGGGAGAAUAAAGGAAGCCAAAUCACUCUUUCCUGUGACUCUCGCUCAUCUCCACAACCUGGCUGACUUCCAGAUCAAAGCCCUUUCUCAAGCUUUCAUCAUUUUCAAUAUUUAUGUGCGUUUUGGAACUAAUCCCCAGUAGAUAUCUGCGUUAUUAGUUACAUUUUAUUGUGUAUGACAUAAAACUUGAAUGCCAUUUUCUUUUUUUUGUGUGUGCAGUGUAAUAUUCCAAAGUGAAGUUGAGAUAUACUAUUUUGUAUUUAAAUAAAAAAAAGAAUUAAAACUUGAA